AUGCCCUGCUUCAAGGGCAUCGCGGUGAGCAUCCACGCGAAUGGUGCCCCGCUCCCCGAAUACGGCAUGCAGAAGCAGUCAAAGUUCUCACGUAUCAGCAACUACAUCUCCGUGCCGCAGCCGCAGCUCAACCCGGACACGUCCCAGCACGAGCCCGCCAAGUUCGCCAUCUCCAUAACGCUCCUGACGCCUGGCCACCCCAUCCCUUACACGACCCCCAAGCCGACCGAUGCUGUUCCUCACCCGAAGCCGAUCUAUGCCGGGCCAUUGCCCUCCACAAGCUCCGACCCCUCUCGACACGUUGGUACCGUCACGCCCUAUGUCCCCCUGACCAACUCGGAGAACGAGACCAUUGCUGCCUACAUCUACUUUGAUGGCCGUGCCAAGGAGGAAGUUGCCACGCUUCUGCGGCCAGGCGAGGAGACUUGGGUCAAUAGCCGUUGGGUUCAGGUUCCCGACAGCGAAGGAGGUGGUCUGGCCGAACGCGAGUUCCUCUUCCGCGAGGUCGGCCUCGAGAGGUGGCUUAACGGGCUCGACCUCAAAGGUCACGAUGCUGCGGAGAAGGUGGAAAAGCGCAGACAGAAGUUUGAGAGGCGGCAUCGCCGGCAAAAGUCCACCGCCUUGAAUGCCAGCGGCCUCACCGCGGAAAAGUCCGGCCGCGUAAGAGACACUCUCACGUACGGCGCCGACGAGAACUCUCCGCUCGAGACGCCAGACGACUCCGACACGGACUCGCUCUCGGACGACGACGACGAGCCCCCAGAGGCUACUGGCCAGAUCAAGGUUGCCAUGUUCCGUGUCAUCGCCUCCGGCGAGAUCAAGAAGGGCGAGUACUCGCCUCAAUUCGGCGCUCAUGAUGAUGACGAUGACAACGACGGCAAGGGUGGCAGCAACGGCAUUGAUGCCGAUGUCGAGCACACCACGAGCUUUGCCAAGCCCAAGACACUCGACCCCAAGACCAUCAGCACACAGACCGUCACUGGAAUCGACGGCCCAGACAAGCCAUACGCUGUCUUCACCUUCUUCUACCGUGGUUCUCGUCAGUUGGCCAAGAUGGGUAUACUGCCUGGGUCCAAGACAGAGCAGAAGACCCCCGCCGCUAAGCGCCGAUCAACCCAACUGGACUUUUCCAACCUUGGGCCUCUGAAGAAGGAGGGUACCGUGGGAUUCUCGGCAUUCCGAGACCAAGAGACCGAGGCGCGGAGGCGCAGAAAGUCGCAGUCAAAGCCCAACGGAGGCGUCUCGGCAGGCGGCAUGGACGAAGACAGUGACGAUGACGCUAGCGACGCAGACCCCUUGGCCAAGAUGGAUGAUAACGACGAUAAGGUCGUCAAGACACAUCUGGCUCCAGAGGACGCUCAGGCGGCCGGAGAACUCCAAGCUGGCAUUGACAGGAUCCGGCUCAAGCGUCAACACUCUGUCGAACCCGACAGCAUCAAGAAGUCGCCGAGCGUCGACCCCACGACAGGUGACGCUACGCCUCCGGAUCUAGCUUCCAGUGGCAAGCCUGUGCCUGACUCGGUAACGAACUUGCUUUCUCAAGCCUUCAAUGGCGACUCCACCACUGUUGGCAGUCCUCUGAAGAAGCACCGGGCUAGUGUGGACGGUGCCUCCAUGGACCGAUCAGCUGGUUUCCCCUCAGCCAUAGGAGAUGUCCUGGGUCGCGCUACUGCGGAUCAGCAAAAGAAGGAAGCGGCAGAGGCGAAUAAGCUCAAGGAGGAGGAGGAAGAGUUAUAG